AAAAAGAGAGAGAGAGAGAAAGGCGUUUGUUUUCAACUCUUCCUCAAUGUAUAUAAAUACUCUGUUUUAGAAAACAGAGACCCAAAACGAGAGGACCAAAAUGAAGAGAACUAGAGCAGCUCUCUUGUGUCUCCUCACGACACUGCUCCUAAUCUCCGCCGCAGAUUCCACGGUGAUGCGUCUCGAGAUGACACACAGGGACACUCUCUUCCCGACUUCUGUCCGUCGCAUUGGAGACAUUAUCGGCUCGGACCAGAAACGCCACAGCCUCAUUUCUCACAAACGGACAACAGCAACCAACGGUGGAGCGAGGCUAUCUCUGAGAUCAGGUUUCGACUACGGAGCGGCUCAGUAUUUCGCCGAGAUCAGAGUCGGUACCCCGGCGAAAAGGUUCAGAGUGGUGGUGGACACCGGGAGCGAGCUGACGUGGGUGAACUGCAGGUUCCGCGGGAAAGGAAAAACAGAGAACCGUCGAGUGUUCAGAGCAGAGGAGUCUUCGAGUUUCAGCAGAAUCGGAUGCUUGACUCAGACUUGUAAAGUCGAUCUCAUGAAUCUCUUCUCCCUCUCUAGCUGCCCUACACCUUCAACUCCAUGCUCAUACGAUUACAGAUACGUGGACGGGUCAGCAGCACAAGGCGUGUUUGGGAAGGAGACAUUCACAGUUCGUCUCACCAAUGGUCGUGUUGCUAGACUCCCCGGUGUACUCGUAGGUUGCACCAACUCCUUCAGUGGAGAUAGCUUUCGUGGAGCCGAUGGAGUGCUUGGUUUAGCCUUGAGUGAUUACUCAUUCACUUCGAAAGCCACUAAUGUCUUCGGUGGCAAAUUCUCCUACUGCCUCGUUGACCAUCUCUCCAACAAAAACGUAUCCAACUAUCUCAUCUUCGGCUCUUCCUCCUUCUCCUCUGCCACUAAACUCAACGCCACACGAACCACCCCGCUUGAUCUCAACGUCAUCCCUCCCUUCUACGCCGUCAACAUCAUCGGACUCUCCCUCGGAGAGACCAUGCUCGACAUCCCCAUGCAAGUAUGGGACGCAACACAAGGUGGUGGGACCAUCUUGGACUCAGGAACUAGCCUCACGUUUUUAGCUGACGCUGCGUACAAAGCGGUUGUUUCGGGUCUUCAGCGUUACCUUGUUGGUUUGAAGAGAGUCAAACCAGAAGGUUUACCAAUAGAGUAUUGUUUCGAUACCACGUCAGGGUUCAACCAGAGCAAGCUGCCGCAGUUGACGUUUCAUUUCAAGGGCGGUGCGCGUUUUGAGCCGCACCGUAGAAGUUACCUAAUAGAUGCUGCAUCAGGAGUCAAGUGUUUAGGGUUUGUGUCGGCGGGAGAGCCGGGGACUAAUGUCAUUGGUAAUAUAAUGCAGCAGAAUUAUUUGUGGGAGUUUGAUAUUGUGGCCUCAGCUUUGACUUUUGCUCCUUCUACCUGUCUUUAGCUGUCUAUUUAUCUUUGUGUUUAUUACUUUGAUUUAAUUGGCCGUUAUUGUUUGUUAAUUGUUAGUGAAUAUAUAAACAUGUUCGUUAUAAAAGUUGCAAUAUAUGGCACUUGAUAUUAAAUUAAUCUACCGCACUUCUGUUCA